CCACCAACAGCUUACUAUAAUACACUCUCUCCUUCUGCAACUAUUCAAAACCUGUCUCUCACUCAAACCAUGCCUCCUCUGUUUUUCCUCUGUUUCAUGCUCUGCAUUUCCCACACACACCAAAUCAUUAUAUUACCCUUAACAAACUCAAUUUCGAAAACCCAAUUCAACAGUACCCAUCACCUUCUCAAAGCUACCUCCUCUCGCUCAGCCUCGCGCUUCCACCGCCACCGCCAAACCCAGAACUCAAUCUCUCUCCCGCUUUCUUCAGGAAGCGACUACACCCUUUCCUUCAAUUUAGCUUCAAACCCUUCUCAAUCCAUAACCCUUUACAUGGACACGGGCAGCGACCUCGUCUGGUUCCCAUGCACUCCCUUCCAGUGCAUUCUCUGCGAAGGCAAAUUCAACGCUACAACACCCCUCAACGUCACGCGCUCCCACCGUGUCUCCUGCCAAUCCCCUGCAUGCUCCGCAGCACACUCCUCUAUGUCCUCCAAUGACCUCUGCGCAAUCGCACGUUGUCCUCUCGACAGUAUCGAAACCUCUGAUUGCUCUUCUGCCACGUGUCCACCUUUCUACUACGCUUACGGCGACGGAAGCUUCAUCGCGCGCCUCUACCGCGAUUCUCUAUCCAUGUCCUCUCUUUUCCUUAAAAACUUCACCUUCGGUUGCGCCCACUCCGCACUCGCCGAACCCACCGGCGUUGCAGGUUUCGGUCGGGGCUUGUUGUCACUCCCUGCGCAACUUGCUACCAUCUCUCCAAACCUCGGUAACCGUUUUUCUUACUGUCUGGUUUCUCACUCUUUCGAUCAACAACGAGUUCGCAAACCGAGUCCACUCAUUCUCGGCCGCUACGACGAUUCCGCAGAGGGUAGUGAGUUUGUUUACACGUCCAUGCUUCGGAACCCGAAGCAUCCUUAUUUCUACUGCGUCGGAAUCGCCGGAAUCUCCGUCGGGAAGAGGACUAUUCCGGCGCCGGAGAUGCUGCGAAGGGUGAACCGCAGAGGGGACGGCGGCGUGGUUGUUGACAGCGGAACCACGUUCACAAUGCUGCCUGCGAGUUUGUAUAACUCGGUGGUGAGUGAGUUUGACCGGCGAGUGGGGCGAGUUCUGAAACGCGCGAGUAAGGUGGAGGAGAAAACGGGCCUCGGGCCGUGUUAUUUUUUGGAAGGGUUGGUGGAGGUGCCUACGGUGACGUGGCACUUUGUGGGGAAUGAUUCAAAUGUGGUGCUGCCUAGGGGAAACUAUUUUUAUGAGUUUUUAGACGGUGGUGAUGGGGUUAGGAGGAAGGUGGGGUGCUUGAUGUUGAUGAACGGUGGCGAUGACAGUGAGUUGAGCGGUGGACCUGGAGCCACACUUGGGAACUAUCAGCAGCAAGGGUUUGAGGUGGUGUAUGACUUGGAAAACCAGCGCGUGGGUUUCGCUAAGAGGCAAUGCGCUUCGCUUUGGGAUAGUCUCAACCGUCACAAAAACUAGUUUUACUGUGUUAUGUUCAGCACAGGAUUACUCCUUUCUACAAGUGGGUUGGGUCCGAUUGUAAAUAAAAAAUAAGGUGGUGGGUUCGGGUUCAGGCUCCCUUCUCCAAGUGUAUGAUAUGGAAACUAAGAAGUGAAGUACAUAUGCUGACGAGUUUUUUUUUUAAUGAUUUUUUAAUAAUGAUUUUUUUGUUUGAAA